AUGGCAGAGGUCAGUGUAAUGGUUCCAGUCACACGGGGUGGCUGUUAUGGUGCAGUGGCAAGGGGAUAUGCUAGAUAUGGCAGAAACAUUCAAAUUCAAACUGCUUCAAUCUACCCCUAUUAUGCUCAAGCUAAUGGACAGGCAGAAUCAAGUAACAAGGUGAUUAUCAAUAUCAUCAGAAAGAUGCUGGAGAAGAAUCCAAAGCAGUGGCAUGAAAAGUUAUCAGAGACUUUGUGGGCAUACAGAACUUCAAAAAGAGAAGCAACUGGCAUGACCCCCUAUGCUCUGACCUACGGCCAUGAUGCAAUUCUUCCCAUGGAGAUAGCAGUCCAGUCUCUUAGAAUUGCUCACCAGCACGGUCUCACAGGAGAAGACUACUCUCAAGCCAUGUUACUUGAAUUGGAAGAAUUGGAUGCAAGUAGGAUUGACACCCUCAACAAACUCUUAGCAGGAAAACAGGCUGUGUCAAGGGCAUACAACAAAAGAGUCAGAAACAAGAGUUUUGAAGAGGGAGAAAUAGUCUGGAAGGCAAUUCUGCCCCUUGGAGCACACAUAGCUGGAUAUGGGAAAUGGUCACCUACAUGGGAAGGCCCUUUUGUAAUUAACCAGAUCCUCGGAAUGGGGGCAUACAGGUUGCAGGACCGAGAUGGAGUUAUUCAUACUGCCCCAAUCAAUGGCAAAUGGUUAAAGAAAUUUUAUCCAACCAUGUGGGAUUCGCAGGCUGUACAGACAGACCCUGGGAUAGAAAAGGAACAAGGCUGA